UUCGUAGGACUUACGAACGUAAUAGAUCUGUGAUUGACAAUAGACAACGACAGCCAGGCGCGAUAGACGAACAGAACACAGAUACAAUUUGCCUGUAACCGCGCUGUUUUAGAUAAAGGACACCCAGAGUGAGUUGUAUUUUUUAUUCCAUCAUCGCAAACAACCGGUUAUCAACUAGUGCCUUCAAUCAGAGUUCAUGAAGAAGUGACGACGCUUUUUACACUUUUACAUUUGGUGCCUGGACGGGACGAUUCAUUGAGUGUCUUUAUGUGACAGUUGAGCUAUUUGUCCGUUUACUUUAGAGAUGGCAGAUUUACCGCUGCCGCAACAGUUGGUUGAUAUAGACCCGGAUUUCGAGCCGCUCUCGAGGCCCCGGUCAUGCACCUGGCCUCUGCCUCGACCAGAGUUCAUCGAACCGGCUUGCUCAAACACAUCUUCACCGGCGCCUUCAGUCAAGCAGGAGCCUGUCGAAUACAUCAGUAACCUCAGUUUUUUAGAAGAGUCAGAGGACUACCCGGAGGAUCAGAAACCGCUCGUUUUGUGCAAUGAUUUUCAGUGCCAGGGGAACUGCAUCCACCCGCAGCAGGAGCAACAACAUCCACAGCAGGUACAGCAUCAGCAGCAGCACCCGUGUCCUCAGCUGCCGCACCAGCAACAGGUGCCCCCGGUCUCAUCCCCCGUCGGGUCGAAUUCGGUGGCCGCCGCCGCAGCCGUGCAGAGGAAAAGCAGCUCGUCGCGUCGGAACGCCUGGGGCAAUAUGUCCUACGCGGACCUCAUCACCAAGGCGAUAGAGAGCUCACCCGAGAAGCGACUCACCUUGUCUCAGAUCUAUGACUGGAUGGUGAAGAGCGUGCCAUAUUUUAAGGAUAAAGGAGACAGUAAUAGCUCAGCAGGUUGGAAGAACUCCAUCCGCCACAACCUGUCCCUCCACAGUCGCUUUGUCCGUGUACAGAAUGAGGGGACGGGGAAGAGCUCCUGGUGGAUGCUGAACCCCGAGGGAGGUAAGAGCGGGAAGUCCCCCCGACGUAGAGCUGCCUCCAUGGACAACAACAGCAAGUUUACCAAGAGCAGAGGGCGGGCUGCCAAGAAGAAGGUGGCUCUCCAGGACGGGGUAGUUGGGGGUGCAGACAGUCCGGGAGGCUCCCAGUACUCCAAGUGGCUCGGCAGCCCCAACUCCCACAGCCACAGCAACGAUGACUUCGAGGCCUGGACUACCUUCCGGACGCGUGCCUCCUCCGACGCCUCCACCCUCUCUGGCCGUCGCUCUCCCUUCUUGGAACAGGACAUCGACCUAUCAGAGGCCGACGUCCAUAUGGGCUACCCUGGAGGGGUGGGGCCUAAGAUUACCUCCAUGGCCACCCUGCCCAGCCUAUCAGAAGUGGGCCUGGCCGGCUCCAUGGGGGGUCAUCAUCAUGGUCACCAUGGAACAGAGAAUGUCAUGGAGAGUCUCCUUGACAACCUCAACCUGCUGUCCCCCAAGAAUCAAGGCCAGCUGGUGGUAUGUGGCGGGCCUGGGUCCGGGCCCGACUCCUCCCGGUCCUCCCCCUCCUCCAUGCUUCAGAACAGCCCCUAUAGCUCACCCUCCAUGAACCCCCAACCCCAACAGCAGGACUACAGGAAGUGCCUCUAUGGCCAGGCUGGGCCAGGCAUGAACAGCCCGCAUCUCUCCCCCAUCCCCAUGCAGACGCUGCCAGAGAGCAAGCCUCCAGGGUCCUUUGCACCCUUCCGGAGCCAUUACAACUGCCCUGCUGGGCUCCUUAAGGAGCUGCUGACCUCUGACGUAGCUGACCCCCGUGGUGGGGGUGGGGGUGGUGGGGAGGCCAUGCCCACCAUGGAGACAGUAGUGUCCCAGUCAGGGAGAGGGCGAGGAGGAGGAGGGCGGAUGCUGCCAAACUACAGCAGCCAGGGGCAGGUGGGACAGGUGGGGGGGCACGGAGGGGUGAAGAUGAUGAGACCCCCUCCUCAGCAACACCCACAACACCCUCAGUCUCACACUCAAAAUCCACACCCUCACCCUCACCUGCAGCCUUUCCACAGCCAGGGCCAGUGCCCUCCCCUAUCUCGGCCCUCCAUGAACGGCUGUGGCCUGAUUCCCCUGACCAGCCUCAACCACGCUGGAGGCCCAGCCCGUCUAGCCAGCCUCAGGACACACAUCCACCAGCUACAGCAGCGGCCCCACAGUGGUGGUGGUCACCCAGUCUCAGGCCAUCACAACCACAGUCCCCACCACAGCGGAGCUCCUCCACCCAGCUACGGCAGCAGUGCUAAUGGUUAUGGGAGGCCAGGUCCAGGUCCCAGCUCUGCUCAUCCCCAGUCCCACCAUCACCACCACCACCAUCAUCAGGAGAGGCUGCCUAGUGAUCUAGACGACAUGUCCAUCGAGAGGUUUGAGUGUGACAUGGAGUCUGUUCUUCAUGACACGCUGAUGGAUGGAGACUCGUUGGACUUCAACUUUGACCCCAUGGUGACCACCCAGGGGUUUAGUCAGGGAGUUGGGGUGAAGACCACCACACACAGCUGGGUGUCUGGCUAAGACACACACACACACCUCUCCGACUCAGAGCAGA